AUUAACUCGAGCUUUCUUUGGCAGAUUUUUGCUGUCUUGGCUGUGGCUCGCGCUGAUGUGGGUGGCUACAGCUAUGGAGCUGGCAUUGGAUCAGGCGGAUCCAUCUCUGGAGGCUCUCUAUCUGGAGGUUCCAUUUCUGGAGGUUCGAUCUCAGGUGGUUCCCUCUCUGGGGGAUCUUAUUCCAGCGGCUACGCUCCCGUAAACACCGAGUUCAACAAGGAGUUCUUCACCUACUCUGCUCCCGAGGCCGAUUUCGAGGACAACAAGAGUGUCAAUGAUCUGGCUACUUCGCUGAAGAAGAACCUCCGUGUGGUUUUCAUCAAGACCCCCGAGAACAAGGGUCUGGAGAACGCCGCUCUGGCCUUGGCCAAGCAGGCCGCCGAGCAGCAGACCGCCAUCUAUGUCCUGACCAAGCAGGGUGAUCUGUCCAGCCUGGCCAACCAGCUGCAGAACCUGAACCAUGUGAGCGCCAGCAAGCCGGAGGUGCAUUUCGUCAAGUAUCGCACCCAGGAGGACGCCAUCAAUGCCCAGCAUACCAUUCAGCAGGAGUACGAGCGUCUGGGUGGUUCCUCCACCUCCCACAACGGAGGCGUUGCACCCGUCCUGGACUUUGCCACCAAAGUGCAGCAGCAGCCGCAGGUGCAGCUGAUUGAUGAGCGUCGGGCUUCCAGCGGAAGUGUAAGCGCCGACCUGGAGACUCCUUCGGUAGGAUACAUUCCACCACCAGUCGCAGCGCCCAGUUCCCAGUACCUGCCUGUAAAGAAGGUCAAGUAGGCAGCCCGCAAGACCACAUUCUUAUUUACGAAUUAGUCCACACACUCUCUCCUAAGUGCUACCGUAUAAAAUAUAAACUUAACUUAAUGUAUGCCCGAUA